GUGCGCCGGAGAGUUCUCGCGGAGAGUGUCGCGGUGGAGGGUGGUCACGCUCGGGCUUUUUGUUGAUUCAAAAGGGGCUGCGAUGCGCGAGCGUGUGUUCUGAAUGCUGUACAGCUGAGAGCCGUUCCCCUUGAGUACGUCGUGUGCCGUCGGUAGACCUGAGCGCAAAGAUGGGAUUCUCGCAGAGAGGGCAGAGAGGCAUGUGGAUGGCGUCGCUAGCCUUGCUCAUAAUCGCCACUUUCGUCGACAUCAGCGAAGAAAUUGCCGUUAUGAGCGUCGACCUUGGUAGCGAAUGGAUGAAGGUCGCUAUCGUCUCGCCAGGUGUUCCUAUGGAAAUAGCUUUAAAUAAGGAGUCGAAGAGGAAAACGCCAGUCACGAUUGCGUUCAGGGAUGGGGAGAGAUCGUUCGGCGAGGACGCCCAAGUGAUCGGAGUGAGAUUCCCCCAGAACACCUUCUUCUACAUUCUAGACCUUCUGGGAAAGCCUAUAGACAAUCCACUAGUACAACUCUACCGAAAGAGAUUUCCUUAUUACGACAUUGUUGCCGACGAGGAGCGAAAAACCGUAGCGUUUAGAUUAAAUGAGAACACGACGUUCACUCCGGAAGAGUUGCUCGCGCAGAUACUGCACAAAGGCAAGGAGAUGGCGGAAGCUGCCGCCCAUCAGAAGAUCAACGAAGCUGUUAUCACCGUGCCGGGAUUCUUCAAUCAGGCCGAGAGGCGAGCCUUGAUUCAAGCGGCCGAACUCGCCGGGUUGAAGGUGUUACAGCUCAUAAACGAUUACAUGGCGGUCGCUUUAAACUACGGCGUAUUCGGUAGAACUGAGAUAAACGAUUCCGCUCAUUACAUCAUGUUUUACGACAUGGGUGCUAGCAGCACCACCGCGACGGUCGUCAGCUAUCAGAACAUGAAAACGAAAGAGAGGGGUUUCCUCGAGAACAAUCCUCACGUUUCCGUGCUCGGUGUGGGAUACGAUCGCACGCUCGGCGGAUUGGAAAUGCAAAUCAGACUGCAGCAGUACUUGGCGCAGCAAUUUGACGCUCUUAAAAAGACACCGAAUUCGGUGUUCAAGAGCCCAAGAGCGAUGGCGAAGCUCUUCAAGGAAGCUGGACGCGUGAAAACUGUACUUAGUGCUAACGCGGACCAUUUUGCCCAGAUAGAAAGUUUGAUAGACGAUAUCGACUUCAAAUUGCAAGUCACGAGAGAGAAGCUGGAAGAGAUAUGCGCCGAUUUGUUCGAACGUGUAGCGAAUCCUGUGAAGAUCGCAUUGGAAACUUCAGGUUUGACAAUGGAUGUUAUAUCGCAUGUGGUAUUGGUAGGAGCAGGUACCCGCAUGCCGAAGGUACAAGAGGCAUUGUCCCAAUACGUAAAAACAGAAUUAUCAAAAAAUGUAAAUACGGAUGAGGCAGCUGCUUUAGGGGCUGCGUACAAGGCGGCUGAUCUUGGGCAGGGUUUCAAGGUCAAGAAGUUUGUCACGAAAGACGCUUUGUUGUUCCCGAUUCAAAUCACUUUUGAUAGAACUGUUGAUAAUAAAGUUAGACAGGUGAAGAAGAUGUUGUUUGGAAAAAUGAAUCCUUUUCCACAAAAGAAAAUUAUUACAUUUAAUAAGCAUACGAAUGAUUUUGAUUUUCAUGUAAAUUAUGCUGAGUUGGAUUAUUUGCCUGCGAGUGAGGUAACUGCUAUUGGUGAUUUACGUAUAUCUACUGUGUCGUUGAGUGGCGUAGCCGAGGCUUUAGAAAAGCAUGCCAAGGAAGGCGCCGAGAGUAAAGGAAUCAAAGUGCACUUUAAUAUAGACGAUAGCGGCGUACUGAACUUAUUGACCGUAGAAUUAGUUUCCGAAAAAUCGAGUACUGUCGUUGACGAAGAAGAGGGUACUUUCUCAAUACUUGGCUCAACUAUUAGUAAAUUCUUUGCAGGUUCUUCAUUAGAAAAAGAAACAGCGGACAAAGCAGAGGAAUCGCCGAAAGAGGAUAUAAAACCAGUGCACGAAGAACCAGAAUUUUCGGAUUCGACGAAAGAAACAGACGAGAAGGAGAAGAAAAAGAGCGAGACAAAAGUGAACGAGGAUAAGGCUGCAAAUAAAACCGAAAAGGCGGACAAAGAGAAGAAAGCCACGAUCGUUCAGAUCAAGGAACCUAUCAGUUCGGAAGAGAUUAAACUAGGAUCAUUAAUCUUGUCCGGUGAAAAACUCGGGGAAUCUCGAGACAAGAUACAUCGUUUGGACGUGCACGAUUCGGAGAAAACGCGCCGCGAAACUGCGUUAAACAACCUCGAGUCGUACGUAAUCGAUGCGCAGCAGAAGUUCGACUCCGAGGAAUUCUCGAACGCGGCUACCGAGAAGGAGAUCGAGGAGAUUCGAAAAGCAUGCGCCGAAAUCUCCGAAUGGUUGUACGAGGACGGAUUCACCGCGACCGCGGAAGUUUACGAGGAGAAAUUGAUGGAACUGCAAAAGUUAACUAACGACGUCUACGAGAGAGUGUUCGAAUACCGAGAACGACCAGAAGUCAUGAACGGAAUGGUUUCGCUACUCAAAGGCAGUAGAUUGUUCUUAGAGAAUAUGCGUAACUUGAGUCAAACGACCGAAAUUAUAACGAAGGUUGAAGUCGAGAUGUUAGAAAAAUUGAUCAACGAGACACAGGAUUAUCACGAUACAGUUUCGAAAUAUUUCGAAGAUGCACUACUAAACAUACAAGUAAAAUACAAAGUCCGCCAGAUCGCGAAUAAAAUGGAGUUACUUGAUAGAGAAAUUAAAUACCUUCUGAACAAAGUAAAGAUAUGGAAACCGAAACAGGAGUCUGCAGCGAAUCAAACGACGGAUAAUAAAGGUGAGCGCACGAUAGAGGAAAAUGAAGAACCCGCAGCCGAUUCCGAUACUGAAAAAGACCAGGCUGCGGAAGAAUAUACGGAGGAGCAACGACAGGAACCGGAGACGACGGAUACACAGGAUCCAGUACUUCUACCGGAAAGCGAGAAAACACAAUUACCUAAGGAGGAAGUUCAGGAAGAAACGCAUCAAGAACUAUAAGAAAUAAUUUAUUUAAAAGUGUGAUUCUUUGUUAUUGAUCGACGAUAUCCGUCGAUUUAGACAAUUUUUCUAUAGAUUACUUUCGUCAGAUGCAUUUAAAGUUAAAGCGGAAAUUCUCUCGUGCAUUGCUGUUGAAUAAGUUGUUCUGCGAAUGCGAACACGAGCUGUUCCAUUUGAUUAAUAAUAUGUAUUUAUAUAAUGGA